AAGGAACUCAAUGUUGGAGAUUUUUGCUAAGUGUUAGUCUUUUUACUCAUUUGUUGGUUUAGUUGGGUUAAUAUGUUGGGUUGGCUUACCUAUUGGUUGGGAACAUAGGUGCCAUCACGACUUGAAAAUUUGGGUCGUGACAAAUUUGGUAUCAGAGCCCUAGGUUCAUCGGUCUCAAGAGUACAAGAGCAAUGUCUAGUAGAGUCUUGCGGAUCGGUAUGAAGACGUCCAUACCUAUCUUCGAGAGGCUAUAGGACAUUUAGGAAAUAUUCUGUUCUUUUAUUCAUUAUCGUGCACACUUGACCUUGUAGAAAUUCUAAUCUUGAUAUCUCAUUCUCUCUCAGAUGGCGAGGAAUCGUACAUCGGCAAGUGGUGGUCAGGAUCCUAUUCCUGCGCCUGCUUCUGGGAACACUGUCCGAGGUAGAGGUAGGAGACGAGCUCGAGGUCGGGGUAGGGGCCGUGUUGCAGCACCUGUGGAUGUUCAAGUACCAGUAGCUACCCAGGGUCGUGAUAGGACUGUACCUCCUGAUGCAGAGGUUAUUCAUGGGGAUGUGCAAGAUCGUGUCGAGGGAAAUGGGCCAGCUCAGGCUCCACCCAGUACUAUUGUCCCCCCAGUGCUUCAAGAUACCUUGGCUCGUAUGUUAGGAAUCCUAGAGGGGAUGGCCCAGGCAGGAGCUUUGCCUGUCACUUCUGAUGGCUCACAGACCCGUGUUGGAGGUCAAACUCCAGAUCCGAUAGUUGCUCCAGAUUCUCAGACUCCCAGGACUCAGCCAGCUGCCGCUGUAGCUCCUCGUUUGGAUAGUAUGGAGUUUCCAGAUAUGACAUCACAUUUGGUGAACAGGCCUUCUAUGACUAUUGAUGAGCAAAAGAUGUUUGGGAGGUUCAGACUAAUGAAUCCUCCUACUUAUACUGGUGACUUAGCUGAGGAUGCAUAUGAGUUUAUAGUUAGUUGUCAUGAGAGGUUGCAUAAUCUUGGAUUAGUGGAGUCUCAUGGAGUUGACUACACAGCGUUUCAGAUGACUGGCUCUGCUAAGCAGUGGUGGAGGGAUUAUAUUAGUAGUAGGCCAGCUGGAUCUCAUCCACUAUCCUGGACUGAGUUUACUCAGGUAUUUCUAUCCAAAUUUGUUCCACGCAGUGAGAGGGAGCGCAAGAGGGCCGAGUUUGAGGGUUUGCAGCAAAAUGGUAUGUCAGUUGCAGAGUAUGAGGGUAAAUUUCAUGCCUUGGCUAGGCAUGCUUCGAUGAUACUUCCCACAGAGGCUGAGAGAGUGAGGAGGUUUGUUAAGGGGCUGAUUAUUCCAAUUCGUCUAGGAGUUUCUCAGGUUGCUGCUUCUGGUGUUCCAUUCCAGAAAGUGGUAGAUGCUGCUAAGGAGUUGGAGAUGAUUCGACGUGAGGGAUUUGAGCAGCGAGAGGGCAAGAGGACUCGUUAUUCAGGUGAUUAUGGUGGUGCUCCGCCUAGGAGUCGGGGUUACUUGGGCAGAGGUUAUCACCCUCAGUCCAGCAGACCCAUUCAUGCUGCUAUACCAGCGUCUGAGGCUGGUUACGCUGGGCAUAACUCUUCGAGCUCGGUACAUACUUCGCAGGGUUCAUCUUCUAGACCUGUAGUUCGUGGAGGGCAUUCUGGUCAUUCAGGUUCCUCUCAUCAGCCUGCGUCUCGUAGGGGUUGCUUUGAGUGUGGUGAUAUGGGACACUUUGUGAGAGACUGCCCUAGGACCAGACGUGGUGGCUUACAUCAGGGUUCUCAGGCUUCGACUUCCAGGGCUGCACAACCUCCAGCUAGGGGUGGUGCACAGAAUGGUAGAGGUGGUUCUCAUUCAGGUAGAGGUGGUUCUCCUUCUGGUCGAGGUGGUGGUCGUGGAGGUUCACAAUCUGAUGGAGGUCGUUCUCACUGUUAUGCUUUUCCAGGUAGGCCAGAGGCUGAAGCCUCAGAUGCUGUUAUCACAGGUAUUAUUCCGGUUUGUCAUCGACCAGCUACUGUAUUAUUUGAUCCAGGCUCUACUUAUUCUUAUGUGUCCACAUAUUUUGCUCCUAGUCUGGAUAUAUUGUGUGAGUCUCUUGAUUUGCCGAUACGUGUUUCUACUCCUGUCGGGGAUUCUGUAGUUGUAGAUCAGGUGUAUCGUUUAUGUACUGUUACUUUGAUGGGGUAUGACACUCAUGCAGAUUUAAAGGUCUUAGAUAUGAUAGAUUUUGAUGUGAUUCUUGGUAUGGAUUGGUUAUCUUCUUACCACGCAAUUUUAAAUUGUCAUGCCAAGACCAUCACUUUAGCUAUGCCUGGAAUUCCUAUAGUAGAAUGGAGAGGUACUCUUAGUCAUCCUUCUAAGGGUGUGAUAUCAUUCCUUAAGGCUCGUCAGUUGGUACAGAGAGGAUGUUUGGCGUACUUGGCCCACAUUCGAGAUACUAGUAUUGAGACUCCUAUGCUUGAGUCUAUUCCAGUAGUGAGUGAAUUUUCAGAAGUAUUUCCGACCGAUUUGCCAGGUCUUCCACCAGAUCGUGAUAUUGAUUUUUGUAUUGAUGUGGAGCCAGGCACUCGGCCUAUUUCCAUUCCUCCUUAUCCUGAAGGUUAG